AUGUUUAAUUUAAAAACUGACCAACAAAGAGAGAGCACAGAAAGAGAGAGGGACCAAAGAGAAAAAAUAGAAAUAGAGCAAGUGGGAAAUUGUAUCUCUAAACGAUUGGAAAAAGAAAGAAUAGAAAGAAUGAAUAUGGAAAUUGAAAUCAAUAGACAAAAGAUGGAGAUUCAAAACCUAUCAAAUCAAUUGGCAAAAGAAAGACAAGAAAGGGAGCAUAUCGAUAAUGAGAGACAGAAACUAAAGGAAUUAAAGGAAGAACCUGACAAGGAGAGUGGUGAAAUCGAAUUAAAGAGGAAAGAGCUGAUCGAAAUCAUUGAAAAAGCAAAACGUCCAGAGGAUAUCUUUAAAAUCAACCAGUCAUCGAGUGAAUCCAGAGAAGCUCAACUCGUCAAACGAUACAGGAAUAUCUCUAAAGUGAUUCAUCCCGAUAAAUGUAAAGGAAUACCAGAGAUUUAUCUCGUCAAGGCAACUGAGGCUUAUAAGAUCUUGAAUGGUGAACUUUUACUCACUUUAAAAAUUAAAACAGUUAAACAUGUUUUACAUAAAGCCUUUGCAAAAAGAGGAUUCAAUUGUUAA